AUGGAUUCUCGACAAGCAGGAGUGCGACCUUAUGUCUUGUUUUGUUCAGUGAUUGCUAGUCUCGGCACAUUUAGUUCCGGUGUCAAUACUUCAGCAUUCAACAUCCCUGGUAGCUACGUACGCACCUGUGAGCCUGAUCCAUCAGCUGCACUACCUCUUUGUAUCCCAAUGAGCGAUUGGGUAUGGGGUGCGGCAACGGGUAUGUUUGCAGUGGGUGGUCUCGUGGGUGCAUUCUUGUCCGGACCUAUGGCCGAACGAUUUGGACGUAGAGAUGCAAUGAUUAUUAUGAAUACAGCUUUUAUUGUGGGUGCAGCAUUGAUUUCAACAUCCACUACAAGUGCACAAUUUGCCAUUGGGCGUGUUGUGGUGGGUAUAGCAUCAGGCUUCAUGACUGUAGUGGUGAGCAUGUACAUUACGGAAAUUGCACCUCCCCCGCAACGCGGUGCAUUAGUCGGUUUACUGCAACUAUUGACGACAUUGGGCAUCUUUGUUAUUGAAGCCAUCGGCCUUGGUUUGCAAUCAGCCGUUGGAUGGCGCGUAUCAGGCGCCAUCACUGUUGUGCCUGCUUUGGUCCAAGCGGCUAUUCUUCCCUUUUGUGCACGUUCACCACGAUGGCUCAUCUCAAGACGACGUGUGGAUGAAGCACGCUCACAAUUGCUUCAAUUGCGUCGAGGGGAUAUUGAAAUCGAAUUCACCGAUAUGAUCUCAACAUCAACAGCAGCUGCAGAGGAUGACAUCAAAGAUGUGCCAGCGGGUUUAACAACGAACAGCGAUAAGGAUUCGACACUUGUGAGCGCAGCUGGUAACAACCUUGAUGAUGACAUUGAGCACAAAAAAGCAACGACAGCCAACAACAACAGCAACUUUGAUCACCAACAUCUAUCGUUUCUUCAAACAAUGCGCAUUCCGGUAUUAGCUAUGCUGAUCUUUAAAAUGUCAGUGUUGCAUUCUGGGACACAGCUCGCUGGAAUUAAUGCGAUUAUGUACUACUCGACCAGCAUCUUCGAAAAGGCAUUCGAUGAUCGAGCAGCCUAUGUCACAUUAGGUGUUGCUGCUCUCAACAUUGUCAUUACCGUGUUUGGCAUCUUCUUGGUGGAUUUCUGGGGAAGAAAAUUCUUGUUGGUGUUGUCAUCAAGCAUCAUGUGUUUGGCAGCUGCGCUAAUGACCGUUGGUAUGGCACUCGAUAUUGCCGCAUUACAAGCCGUGUGUGUUUUUCUUUUUGUCGCUGGAUUUGGGUGUGGGCUUGGCAUUGUUCCUUUCCUUUAUACACCAGAGUGUGUGCCAACAGCUGCCAUUAGUGCUGCCUGCUCCGCUGCCCUCGUGUGCAAUUGGUUCUUCAACUUUAUCAUUGGUCUCAUCUUCCCUACUUUACAAAGCGCAUGUGGUGAUUACGUAUUCUUGAUCUUUGUCGGUAUCACUUUUCUUCUCGCCCUCUUUAUUUUCUUCUUUUUGCCCGAAACCAAGCGUAAAUCUAUCGAAGACAUUGGACGUGACCUUGGCUGGUAUGACCUUGACCUUGACAAGGCGCUCGGAAAAUAG